AUGAAAGACAUACAAGCCACUCAUGAUACAUCGGCAGCCCUGCGAAGCCAAGUCCCUAAGAAGAAGGAGAAGACAGAGAAAAACAAACAAAGAGAAGAUACACAUGCUGACCUCUCAAAGACACAGCAAUCUUCAGUACAUUUUUUGCCAGGUUUUGUAAAUUCAGAUACCACAACACUGUCACUGUCAUGGUCAUCGUCCAGUGAAAUACCCCCCAGUCAUAGCCCACCUAGCUAUCAGAUUAGUGGAGCUACAGCUGCACCGAAGUGUUCUAAAUCUACCUCACUGAACCAUCUCCAAUCAGAGAACAACUUAGAAGUCAACAGGUUUAUAGUUCCAAAGAAAAAGAGCCAGACUCUGUCAAUCCCUGCUUCUGAGCUAGCCGUGACUGGUGAAGGGGAGGAUUAUUUCCUAUCUUUGUUUGGUGAUUCAAAGAAACUCACUACACACUCAUUCCAUACCAACAGAAGUUGGAAGCACUUUUCUGUGAUUCUUGAAGAAGUGGGCCAUUGUAGAUCCAGUGCUUUUGGAGAUAUUAAAAUUGAAGAAGUGAAGGAUGCAUAUGUGAAACUCAAUAACUCUUCCAUUGACAAAGAACAGGAGAUUGGAAAUCAUAUUCUCCAGCAAAAUGUGAAUGGACAAGCAGUCUCCUUGUUCCGUUUCCCCCCAAACACCAUAAUGCAUGCCAAUUCCACAGUGACAGUCUGGAUAGCAGCAUCCAAAGCACAGCAUCAGCCACCAUCAGAUUUUCUUUGGAAGGGAGAAAACAACUUCAGCACAAGCCCAGUUUGUACAACAAUUCUGUGCAAACCGAAUGGUGAGGCCAUUGCCUGGUAUACUCCUAUUCACUGGAAGCAAGCAUGGGAGAAAUUAGAGACUGACAUUGAAUUUGAGGAAUGCUCAGUGUUAAGUCCAACAUCUCGAAGGCACGUGUUCCAUUGGCCAAAAGCUGCAACUACAACUCAAGGAAAAUGUGAUCAACCUAAUAAAGAUAUCUUAAACUAUCAGAUAGAACCAGUUCCACAAUUUCUUAAGAGAGAAAAAGAACUCCCACCCACUCUUUUCCCCAGUCACAGCCCUUGGUGUGACAGUCCCAAUGCCCCUGCACAUCCCUACUGUCCUCUGAUUGAGCCUCACAGUAGCAGCACAGCUGGAUGCAGUUUACCUAGACCACAGGCCUCAGCCAGGCCUGAUUCUGCCCUGGUAAGCCAAAUGGAUACUUACUCCAGCAGAGAGUGA